CGACUCGACUCGACUCGACUCGACCACCCCCUCCCCCGACCUCGACGAGCAUUGCCAAUCCACUCCACAUCGUCAGAGACCCAGACCCACGCACAUACACACACAUCUCAAACCAUGUUGCCGUCACUUCUCCUCCCCGUGGGGUCUGUCGUGCUCGCUGCCUCGUCCGUCCUCGCAGCCAAGUGCGGCAGAGGCAGUUCGUGCUCCGAGGAUGAGCCCUGCUGCUCGCAGUAUGGCGAGUGUGGUGUCGGCGCCUACUGCCUCGGCGGCUGUGACCCUCGCUUCUCCUUCAGCCUCGACAGCUGCGUGCCAGAGCCCGUCUGCGAGUCGCGCUCCCUGUCCAUGAACUCGCUCGACCGCGUUCAGUCCAUCGAGAAGUACCUCGGCGACCCCUCCAAGGCCGACUGGGUCUCGUCGGGCGACCCCCUCGUCUACAAGGACAACGUGCUCCUGACCAUGCCCAAGUACAAGGCCGGCACCGUCCUGGCCUCCACCGUCUACAUGUGGUACGGCAACGUCAAGGCCAGGAUGAAGUCCUCGCGCGGCAACGGCGUCGUCUCCGCCUUCAUCCUGCUGUCCGACGUCAAGGACGAGAUCGACUUUGAGUUCAUCGGCGCCGACCUCGAGACCGUCCAGACAAACUACUACUACCAGGCCAACCCCGUCUGGACAAACUCAAAGAACAUCACCGACCUCUCCGACACCUACCAAAACUUCCACGACUACGAGAUCCAGUGGACCCCCGACCAGGUCGUCUGGCUCGUCGACGGCAAGGUCGGCCGCACCCUCAAGAAGUCGGACACCUGGAACGCCACCACCAACCAGUUCGACUUCCCCCAGACCCCCGCCCGCGUCCAGCUCUCCAUAUGGCCUGGUGGUAAUGCCACAAACUCCGAGUACACUAUUGAGUGGGCUGGCGGCGAGAUCGACUGGAAUUCCGACGACAUCCAGAACUACGGCUACGACUUCGCCACCUUCAGCGACGUCACCAUCGAGUGCUACAACGCCACCUCAGCCCCCGGCACCAACAAGGGCAAGGGCUACUACUACAACAACGCCGCCGGCACAAACGACACCGUCGUCGACGGCGACAAGCCCACCGUCCUGGCCAGCCUCAUGGGCACGGGCACCGACAUGGAGGCCGGCGCCAGCUCCGCCUCCGCCAGCAGCUCGCCCCCCUCGGGCGCCAACACGGUCCCCGGCGGCACCAGCGGCAGCGGCGUCGGCAACGUCGUCGGCGGCGACGGGAGCGGCUCCGGCGACCCCAGCUCCGGCGGCUCCUCCACCUCGAGCAGUGCCGACUGCGCCGCCACCGGCUUCACCGUCGACUGCAACAGCGACUCUGGCAGCGGCAGCAGCAGCAGCGGCGCCGUCGGCAGCAACGACAAGGUCUUUGGCGCGAGCGCGUUUGCCGCCAUCGUCGCCUUUGUCUUCCUGGCCUGGCUGUAAACGACCCUUCCCGGCCGCCCGGCCAGCCUGGGCACACAACAACGACACUAAAUGAAACUCACGACUUGCCCAGUAAUUCUCCCCAUGCCGUCCAUUCCCGAGCUCACGACGCAACGCAGUCCCUUCCAGCCUUUUAUUUUCCCUCCCUCUUUUUCUUCUUCAAGAAUAUCUCUUCAUGUAACCAGGCUUUCCGCCUAGUUUGAUAUAUCGUUUUAGUCUACCAGCAUUGCGGCCUGGAUACUUGGCAUCCGGGGCACAUUUUCUUCUCUUCAAGGCCAAUGGGGGGCGACAGAGAGGGCAGGCCAGCCGUGGUGGGUGGCUGCCACUGCAGCAGUAAUAGAGGAGGGCACGUGGAAUUGCGCGGCCAAAUGUCUCGUGAAGGAUUCAUCAGCAGAGAGAAGACAUACAAGUAAUGGCCUACCAACAACCGCCCACUCUUUUGAACAGAUCUAAAGGGAAUGAGGCAGUCCGUGCUGACACGGGAGAGGGCACUCAUGCCUCUGCUGUGCAUAAUGAAGUGUGCAUUUAGAAUAGAAUGCAACACUUGGUCAAUGAGCGAUUUUGACUAGAAUUAAACCCAGUCUCGGUCUGGUGUCCCGACCCAUUGCGUACUUGAAACGUAAGCCUGGCACAUACUUCGUAGACGGGGUAAUUAAAAGAGACAGUGAUG